AUGGCCACCGCUACUAAAAUCGAACUCAAUGGCCGAGAGGACCUAAUCUUCUCCGUUACACCGCUGAGAAAAGAUUCUGCCGAAAAGACUUCGCAGCUCCUCCAAGAAGACCUCGAGAUCCAUCAUUGCUUUUUUAACUACAAAGGCUUCCAUAACCAUAUACCGCAUCAACUUCUCACGAUCUAUGCUCUCGGGGGAGACCCUAGGCAGAUCGAGAAAGCCUACGAGGCCAACAAAGUCUACCAAAGGCCGCCGGUUAUCGUCAACGACAAGGCGGUUCCUGAUAUGCACGAUCCGGAACAUUUCAAGCAGCACCUGGGCGAUGAAAACUACUACCACGCGUACUUGGUAUUUUUCCAGCAACAAAUCCAACAGCGUGGCUGGAAGGAUGUCGUGCAAGAGUUCAUUUUCCGGGGGGAUAAGCGUGCAAACGACAUGCUAGUCCGCCUUUUCGCAGGUGUAUACCAUCCGAUCAUCUAUCUGGGUUUUGGUAUUGAGUUUUCGCAACCGGCGAUCAUUGCUGAAGGCUUGGCUCAUACGGCGAUCCAUGAAGACUCACUCAAGAAAUUCUUCCUUGGUGCCGAGGAAGUUGCCAGACAAAAGAGUGGAAAGAGCAGCUUUGACCAGAACCAGGAUGCCUCGUUGCUCGAGCUUUUCAACGACGUCAGGAAGAUCGAGAAGCUCUCAGUCUCCUACACUAAUAAGUGGGACAACGGCAUAAUCCCAGAAGACGUCCUCAGUUGGGCUGGAGAUGAGUUAGUCCAGAUCGCUGGUCGCUAUGCGGCCAGUGAAGACGGGUUGGAAUACAAGAAAGGAGAGAUGAUGAACUUAUCUGCCUACUUUGUCGCUGCUGCCCAGCGACCUCCCUACAUCCCAAAGCUUGAUUUCUUUUGCGUCCACAGCAUAACCACAGCCAUUUUCUUCACGUCAUUCCUGAACGCCUCUUUCAUUUCCCCAAGCGACCGUGUCCGUCUUUUGGAGUGGAAGGCUCGCUUGGAUCUCGCAGUUUAUGCCUCACGUUGUGCUCCAGAGCUGCUCCUCUCGGAGGUCCAAAACUAUACCCCCAAGAUGCCCUCGGAUGGCUGGCCGGAGAUUAUUUCCCGCUCGCUUGCAAUCCAGGAUGACGGCCACAGUACGAAGCUUAUACGUGCAUUGGCACACUCGGCCAUCGUGUGCAAGGGUUUGGAACGCCGUGACGGUAUCGACAGGGAGGCACUGAAGAAGCUCCCAAUCGUGGAUGAAACCAUGUGGCUUAGUGUUGCACAUCUAUCCAUAGACAGCAUGGAAGCGGGCGGACCGAGGUGGGUGGGCAACAGUGCUGACGGUUGGGACUCUGUGCCACUGAGGAAAGCGUGAGAUCGGCUUCAAUUCCGGGGUUGCAGAA